AGACAUGUCUGCGCUCUUGUCUACAUCCUGAGGACUGCCUAACCUCAAUGUGACAACUGUGUUAUACUACUUGUGAAUCAGGAUCUCUCGCUACAAAACACUGGACACUGUCGGUUUAAACAUUAAGUCUGAAGAUGUCGGAAAACACCGAGAAGGAGAGCGUCUCUGGAAAGGCGCUCACCAGAGAAGUGAUCUCUGAAAUGUUGACGAAGAAUUUCGAGAGACUACCUGACACUGAUAAGAAACUCUUCAUCUACGGACCCUUCUAUCUGGGAGGAAACGCGGCCCUUGCAGGACUGAUAUCCAACAGCUUGUAUCGCAGAGCUCUGAAUGUCACACAGGCGGCCAUCACCUCCGGCCUGCCGAUGGCCGUGCUGCCGUUCAUGACCACCGUCGCCCUCUACAACGCAGCGGUGUCCAGCCCCCUCCUGUCCGGCGAUCUCAACUGCCCCAGCUGUGCCCUGAUGCGAGGUGCACUUGUCGGUGUGGUCGGCGCUGGCGUGUACCCCAUCCUCCUGGCAUUACCCGUGAAUAUUGGCCUUGCAUCCAGGUACAACACAGCACCAAUGCCAGAGAAGGGGAUUGCGAUCCGGUACUCGGUGAACCUUUCCAAGCCGAUCCUGAGAAGAAUGAGGGCAGUACUGUUGCUCCAGGCCUUCUUCUCCACCUACCUGAGCUCCAGGCAUUUUGAAACUUACACCAAAUUGGCCGAGAUAACAUUUGGUGCAGGUGGAGAGGAACUCAAAGACUAAAACGCAUUGAACUGAACCUGAACAGAAAUACGUUUUUUUUUGUAUUGAUUUGCCACCAUUUCAUAUGGAAUAUGCCUGAGAACUUUUUCCCCAGAAAUAAAAUUAAAUGUGUUUUUGA